AUGUAUGCGACUUUGUUGAAGACUUCAAAGUCUCAUACUUUAGCUAUCAACGCAAGCUGCAUGGAACCCAUACCGAAUGCAGCUCCACGGCAUGCGGGAGCCUAUGCGAUUGACCUCCAGAACUCCCAAGGGCAAUACCCCUCUGGCAAUGUCACGACCCAGCGUUAUCGUCUGCACGCCCGCCUCUAUGGACGAUAUCCUUCAGAAAUCGUCAGCCAGUUUCUGGUUAUUCUCAUAUGCAUCGAUGAUUCGGCGUCAGGCACUCCAAUCCGCGAUAUUUGUCUUACCUGCGGAGAAUGGUGCGAUGUCGGCGUCUCCACGCCCAAGCUUUGGUCCUGCCUCGACAUCAAUGUCGAUUCCGGAAGCUCGCAAGCAAUGCGCAGGUGGAUAGAGAAGUGGCUGGAACGAUCGAAGCGGCAUUCCUUGAAGACAUCCCUCUCUAUUUCCGAUGGGCCAGACAUUCAAAUCGGAGGGGAGACAAAGCGUCUCGUCAAUGGCACGUUCGAGAUGUUGUCGGGCCAGAUUUAUCAGUGGUCGGAAUUGAAUCUUUUGCUAUCAAACGACGAGCCCCCAAGGUCCUUGACCUACAAUAGAGAGAAGGCGGUUCAAUUGGAGAAGUUAUCGAUCGCAACACCUCCAAUCUACCUGAACGUCGAAGCAAUUGGUUAA